GGGUCGUCGCGCGCAUCCAGCACCGCCACCACUCCACUUCUUAUAUCGCGGCAGCGCCCCCCAAACGCACAGCUCCAGGCGAUCACUAGGCUUCGCGCGCGGCACGGACGCCGGAGGUAGGCGAGCAGGAGCAGGAGCCAGCCAUGCUCCAGGCCAGCUCGGAGCGGGCGGCGGCGGCGAGGCUGUGGGUGCCGGGGAUGAUCCCGGGGCCGAUGGACGCGGUGUCGGCGAGGGCGCAGGAGAUCGCGCGGCGGCGGGAGGAGAUGCUGGGGAUGCUGCACGACCUCCCCGAAUCCGAGUACGAGCUCUCGCUCACCGACCUCGUCGAGAAGGCCGGGGGCGAAGAGGCCGCCGCGCCGCCGGCCGAGGGGAGGGACCCGGCGGCCGCGCGAUCGGCGUCCGGCAGGCCGGAGCGGCGGGCGUCCGCGCGGCGGCGGACGGACAGCGGGAGCACGGGCGGGAGCAGCUUCCGCAGCAGCAGCGACGGCGUCCUGCUCAACUUCUACACGCCGCGAUCGCUCACCCGGAGCUUCACCGCGCCGCGGCCCAGCCGGACGCCGUCCUUCGCCGGCGGCCGGACCCCCAGCGUCGCCUCCGAGUGCUACAAGAGGGAGAGGGACCUGGACGCCGAGACCGUCAAGUGCUGGUCGUUGCUGUGGGAUCGGCGGUGGCGCAAGUCCAGCCGGCGGGACCCGGGCUCGCCGCCCGGCGAGUCCGCCAUGCACGCCGCGUCGGCCGCAAUCCUCAAAGCGGCAAAGCACUCCGCCGCUUCACCUGCCAAAGUCUGAGCAGCGGGCUGGUGUCUGCUCCUAGUUUUUUUUUUCUGUUGCAGGCUUGCAGCUCUGUACAUAUGCUUUGUGUGUGAUAUACUGAUACGAUAUGUUUAGCUUGCACUAUUAUAGCCGUGUUCACUUGGAUUGUGAGUGUACAACAGAAACCUGGCCUUCCCCAAGCGCUCGACUGAAAACAAAUCGGAGAAUCCAAUUGCGAGUACUGAACAGCUUGUCAGGCAGUGCAGUGUGGUCGAUAUACUGAACUGCUGUGACAAACUAGGACAGAGCAGAGCUUUCUUCUUUCAGGUGAUGCACUUGGGUAUAUUCUUCCCAUGCCAUUGUAAAAUGUUCAAUCCGCUUCCAGAUGUAAUGCUAAUGCAGACUUUUUCUUUCA